AUGCACGCCACAACCCGCACAGCGUCGCCACUCGCCCUCCUCUGCGUCGGCCCAAGGUCCCCAGUCGCCACCUCGUCCCGAGUACGACUCGCCCCCGCCGCAACCCGCGCCCUCUCCCACGACGCACCCCGCUCGGCCGCCGCACCCCGCAGCCGCAUCGACGAGGUCGACCACCGGCAGACGUCGACCACCGCAAAGCUCCUCCUCACAGCCGGCAGCGCGCUCGGCCUCCUCAACAACCCCGCACGCGGAGACCUCCUCUCGAUCCUCACCCAGGUCUCGUCGCCCCCUUCGCUGCCCCACCUCCUCGCCCUGAUGCGCUCCACCGAGUCCGGACGCAGGCUCCUCGUCCAGCGCCCAUCCAUCAACUCGGACACGGUCGACGUCGAGUACCUCUCGCAGCUGAAACGCGGCCAAUUCGGACGCGAAUGGAUCGAGUGGCUCAAGGAAAACGGCGUCGGUCCAGACGGCAGGGCCGAGGCCGACUACAUGCCCACCACCGAGCAAAAGUUUCUCGUGCAGCGCUACCGCGAGUCGCACGACUUCUACCACCUCCUCCUCCGCAUGCCCGUCACCCAGCUCGGCGAGACCGUCAUCAAGUACUUUGAGGUCGCACAGAUGAAGAUGCCCGUCGCCGGCUUUGCAGCGCUCGGCGGCACGCUCCGCCUCCUCGCAUCGGGCAUCGCCUCGCUCCCACCGCCCUCGACCCUGUUCGCCGGCGCAGACCAACGGCAGCACGCCGUCCAACAAGCGACCAGCGACUCGGCCGCUCUCCGGGAACUCGACAUGCUCAGAACCCUCGUGCCCUGGGCCACCCACGUCGGCAGGACCGCCAGCCCGCUCAUCGGCGUCGAGUGGGAAAAGUGCUGGGAGCGCGACAUCAACCAGAUGCGCCAGGAGCUCGGCAUCCCGCGCCCGCCCAUCGACGUACCGAGGUUCGUCGGCAGGAGGAAAAAGGCCGGCGGAAAGCGAAGGGGGUGGCCUACAAAGAUCCUCGAGGCCCAGCGCGCAAGGGAGCAGCGCGAGCGUGAGCGCGCAGCGGAGACGGAGUCCCCUUCUCCCACCCCACCGUAG